AAUCACAUUUUUGGUUAAACACCUCCGACACUUUGGCUGAAUACAGCCUAAAGCAGUUUAACAAUCUUGAUUUCUACGACAUAUCUCUUGUAGACGGUUUCAAUGUCCCAAUGGAAUUUAGUCCAACAUCUGGUAAUUGUUCUGUUAGGAUCAGCUGCACUGCCGACAUCAUAGGACAGUGUCCGAAUGAACUAAGGAUUCCUGGAGGCUGUAAUAAUCCUUGUACUGUUUUCAAUACUAACGAAUAUUGUUGCACAUCCGGUGGCAAUUGUGGUCCAACCAAUUAUUCCAAGUUCUUUAAGGAUAGAUGUUCAACUUCUUACAGUUACCCUAAAGAUGAUUCAACUAGUACCUUCACUUGUCCGAAUGGAACCAAUUACAGAGUGGUUUUCUGUCCCCGUUCCCGGUUGGGUGGUACAGUGUUGAUAAAAUCCUCUCUAUUUUGUGUGCUUCAAGGAACUCCAUUACCUUGCUGCCGAUGA